UUGCUCCGUCGACUGCUGUGUUGCUUUAUGAGCACUCUUGUCCUCUGCAUUCAACCGACCAUCAUAUUGAAUAGGAACCUCCGUCUCCACCCCGUUCUCAUCCACAGUGAGCGCGCAGUUCUUCCCUAUCAAAUGCCACUCCUUCUCGUCGUACGUCGUGGGCUCGCUCGCAAUGAUCGACUGCCCGGGUACUUGCCGUUCAACGACCGUCCCGCGAAUUCGCUCCAGUACAACGAAGGCGGCUCCUGCGUCUCGUGGUUCCGAAACCGAAUAGCUACCAUCUUCUCGCCGUCCGUCGUGCAGAAGUUGAGUGAGUUCGGUGUCCGCUGGUUCUCGCCGAUCUUGACCUUCUGCAAAGUCAUGAUCUGGAUGACCGUCUUCCGCAUCGCCGCCAGCAUUUCGUCCAAAGGGUAUGUCUUUUGCCAUGUUGUCUUAUCACCGUACUGCGUCAGGUUCGUCAUGUACAGCGCCGCCGCAUGCUCCGAGUCCGUCGCACCAAAUAUGUUGCAGUACGCAUCGAACGAAAGCAGGUCCGUCAAUUCCCUACGGACCGCAUUGAAGCCCGUGAUGGCGCCGUUGUGCAUCCAAAUGUGCCGGCCGAACACAAACGGGUGACUGUUGACCUGCGUCACCGCGCUUCCUGAACUGGCCCGGAUGUGCGCGAACACGCAUUUCGUCUCCGUAUUCUCACACAGCGAGCGGAAGUUGAAGUCAUUAAUCGGUGGAGAUUGUGAUUUGUAUAGGGCUGGUCUAGGUCCUGAUACAGACUUCAUAUACGAGGCCGCCGCUGAGUUGUACCAUGCGAUUCCGAGGCCGUCCAUGUUCAGGAGUGAAUUGCGCAUUCGAAUAAGUGGAUCGGAGGGAUGGUCUAGAUCAUGGUCUUUAUCGUGGGGUAAAAGUCCGGGGAGGUAGUGUUCUGGCAACGCUGUCAGCAGUAGUCGCAGUAUCGAAGCUGAGCAGACCGAUAUACCUGAACAUUGUUUACUGAUGCUGUUCGCGGGCGUAAUCAGAACAUCGGACAACAGACACGGCUCCGUUGGACUGAUGUAUGCGAACCAGCGACACAUCCUGCCUUCUUCAGACCAGCCCGACUCUUGUGUAAUGUAUAUGAACUCGUGGAUAACCCAAGCAAAAGUGCUGCAAAGGUGGGUAAACAAAUAUCGAUUAUCUACC